AUGGCAGCAUCGGCGGCGCAGUACAAGGACAGGCAGUUCCUGGCUGUCAUUGGGGACGAGGACACAGUAACGGGCAUGCUACUCGCUGGCGUCGGACAUGUCACCCAACCGCCAGACAGCCAAAAGAACUUCCUCGUCGUGGAUGCGAAAACCGAGAACUCCGCCAUCGAAGCCGCAUUCGAUCGAUUCACGACCGAGCGCAAGGAUAUCGCUAUCCUUCUUAUCAACCAGCACAUCGCCGAGAGGAUACGACAUCGCGUCGAGUCAUAUACUGCCGCCUUUCCAUCGCUGCUCGAGAUACCGUCGAAAGAUCAUCCAUACGACCCGGAGAAGGAUAGCGUGCUGAAGAGGGUGAGGAGAUUAUUUGGGGAGUAG